AUGUCUCAACAAUUGGAUAACCUUCGGGCUGCCUAUCACGUCUUGAAGGAGCGAGUCAACCGGGCCCUUCGCACUCAAUUAGGCGAUGUUGGGCAUCUUGGAGAGCAGCGGGACCAGGUGCUUUCCUUCGUAGCUGCUGCGGAAGCGCAUCAACUAGCUUUCCCUCUGGUAGAGUUUGCGACGCUUCGCCGGAGCGCAGGGGCGAUGUUAGAGGCGCUGGACCUUGCCUGUCAUCGGAGCUCAGACCCCCUGCAAGAAGACCCCCUUGUUGUCGCUCAUCGUUAUCAUACAGGCAAACGCGGACGUCCUCGUGUCGAGAUUGACAGACUGUUCCUUGAGCAGGCUCUUGCAUUGCGGGGGAACUCCGCAAUCGCACUAGUCACUGGUUGUUCUGCACGCACGGUUCGCAGGAGAGCGCUGGAGCACAAUCUUGUCCUACCAGGUGCCCCUGUCUACACCGAUAGGAUAGCUGCGAAUGGCACCAUCUCUCGUACCUACCGCUCAUCCACUGCACCUACCUCUCAGCUCACGGACGACGAGCUUGACACCUUCAUUGCCGCAGUACUGGACGUGUUCCCGGACUUUGGCAGGCGUAUGCUCGAUGGUCGCCUCAAGGCUUCCGGUCAUAACGUCCCUCGCCUACGCAUUGCUGGAUCCUAUAUUAGAGUUCACGGAGCUCCCGGAAUGUUCGGUAAUCGCACCAUUCAUCGCAAAGUCUACAAGGUUGCCGGAGCAAACUCAUUGUGGCAUCAUGAUGGCCAACAUGGUCUCAUCCGCUUCAAAAUUGUCAUCCAUUGCUUUAUCGAUGGUAAAUCUCGUCUCAUUACCGGCAUCAGGGCGAGCAACAACAACCGUUCGAACACAGUACUGGACUUAUUCCUUGACAGUCUACAUGUUCAUGGCACACCCAGCAGAGUCAGAGGAGACCAUGGGACGGAAAACGUCCUGGUUGCAGAGUGGAUGGAGGUCAAUAAGGGGUCUGGCCGUGGAUCAUACAUUUGGGGAAGUGUCCAUAACACACGGAUCGAACGUCUUUGGUAUGAUGUCACGCAUGGAUUUGGGCAGAAAUGGAAGAACUUUUUCCUGGACCUGGAGGUCAACCACGGCUUUAACCGUCGACUUGCUGCGCAUAUCUGGCUUCUGCACUAUCUCUUUCUGGACGCUAUCAAUGACGAUGCACAGGAGUGGGCUCAUGCAUGGAAUUCUCACCGCCUUCAGAUCAGAGGAGAACGCUCGCGCAGUCCGCGUGACAUCUUUCUGUUCAGUAUGGUGCAGGACGGGCCGCGUGGACUGUCUCGGGUGCGCAAUGCAGUCAAUGAGGUAGUAGAUGACCCAUCCUUAACCCACAAGAUUGGGAGGAUGAUAAUCCCUUCCGCGUCGGUCCCGCGACUUUAUCUCAUGUCCCUUGCGAUCCCCCAGAUUGUCCAUUCACUCAGGUGCAAAUCUUUGCUCUUGAUGCUCGCCUUGCCACUCUUGUUGACGUACACUCUCGCAACAUGGCUGUGCGCCGUCUUGUCUGGCAGAAUGCCCUCAUCGUUUGUACGGAGCUGUGGUCAUCUUGAACAUAGACUACUUACUACAUUUCAUAUUUUUACCGGUUUCUGA